UUUAAUUAUUUAAAUAACUUUCGGAGUUUCAAAAAGCAAACAAUCAAUUUUGUGUAGCUUUGUCAAAUAUAAUUUCUGUAAAAUUCAAAUCUAUUUCCUGGAACAUGAAAAUUGUUUAAGACUUCCGCAAAAUCUUUUACAAAAAGAACGCAGCUGAUUGAAAAAUUAAGUAGUCAACUUUACCGGUUGAGAAGAAGAAGAGCGUGCGCAGAUAAAAUGCACAGAUUGUGUCAAAAAUUAGUGCAUUUAACUCGCAUCUCUUCGGUAAGAUGCCUAACCGAUUACGGACGCAAAGAUCUAAACGAUGUGGUAAUUGCUUCUGCCGUACGUACGCCCAUAACCGGCUUUAAUGGUAACUAUACCGCUUUGCCAGUGGCUAAGUUAGGUGCUGUGGCUAUAGAUGCAGCGCUUAAACACGCAGGAGUACCUCCGGAAUCGGUGCAGCAAGUCUAUUUUGGCAAUGUCUUAGCGGCAGGAGUUGGGCAGGCGCCAGCACGUCAAGCUACCCUCUUAGCCGGUUUAUCAAAACGUGUUUGUUGCACAACAGUAAGCGCCUCCAGUGUAACGGGUAUGAAAACUAUUAUGUUUGCCGCUCAAGCUGUUAAAUUAAGAUUAGCAGAUGCCGCCAUAGCUGGUGGAAUGGAGAGUUUAUCUAAUGUACCUUAUUAUAUGCCAAGGACCUAUCUUCACCAUGGAGAUUUAACUAUGCAAGAUGGUUUAGUUUCAGAUGGUUUACCGGAGCAUAUUAAGAAUAAAUUUCCUAAAACUCCAGGAGUUACAAGAGAAGAUUUCAUUAACUAUGCAAAGGAAUCAUACAUGCGUAUGCGUAAAGCAUCCAGAGCUGGAUUAUUUGAUUUAGAAUUGGUGCCAUUACGUAUAAUGAAGAACUCUAGAAUACCUGUCAUGGUGACUGAAGAUGAAGAGCGUCCCCUGCCAAGUAUUAUGGAUGAGUUGACAAACUAUAAUGAACGCAUUUCUCCAAUUAUGGGUGAUGGUGCAUCAGCCUUGGUGUUAACUACAAACGAACGGGCUUUGCAAUGGAAUAUUAAGCCGUUAGCUCGAAUAAUUGCAUAUAAUGAGUCAAAAACGGACGAAUCCGACGUUUUAACGGCGCCCACUCUGGCUAUUAAGCGGUUAUUACAUUAUACCAAUUAUACGAUAAAUGAUGUUUCGCUAUGGGAGCUGGACGACUCAAUUUUAGCGGUGCCACUGACCGUAACUAAAGAAUUAGAGUUAAAUCCCGAAAAAGUUAAUGCGCAUGGCGGAGCUGUGUCUUUUGGUAAUCCUAUAGCAAUGUCGGGCGCUCGUUUAGUAACACACCUGGCACAUGCAUUAAAUGCCGGUCAAAUAGGCUGUGCAGCGAUAACAAAUGAAACAGGAAAUGCAUUCGCUCUAUUAAUUGAGAAAAUUUCGUAUAAUGACGAGGGGGUUACAAAUAAGAUUCCUCAUUUAACAUUGUAUACUAGGGAUAACUGUGCAUUGUGUGAUGAACUAUUAAAUGAGUUGGAAGUAUAUUUUGACGGACAAUAUACGAUAGAGAAAGUAGACAUCACACAAAGGGAGAACGUACGAUUUUUACGACUAUAUCGUAAUGAUAUUCCGGUGCUUUUCUUCAAUGGACAGUUCCUUUGUAUGCAUAAAUUAAAUGUGAAUCUUUUAGGCAGAAAAAUGGAAGAGUUGCGAAUGAAAAAUACGAACGGAACAAAUACUGCAUAAUUAAAGUAUUUUUAAACUAAAUUUUUUAAUGUGUGUAAAUCAAAUUUCACGGAUUUAAUGAAACUUCAAAAAGAAAAAUAAGUUAAUAAUAACAAUUGAUUGUAAAAGAAAUAAUACGGAAGAAAUAAAUCCACCGGAAUUCAAAUUAAUAUUGUAACUGCAUUUUUGAAGAUAUAACAUCUCUUUCUCUGUUUAGACUGCUCACAGUAAGUCAUUUCUGAAUUCAAUCAUUAUUGUGAAUGUUCUCAAAGACAAGAAGAACUCCUGCGAUAAUUUAAGUAUAUGAAAGGAAUAAAAAUUUGCAGGUGUUACUAUUUUAAUAAAGUUACAGUGUUUAAUAAAUUAAAAUAAUUACAGUAAUUAGUGAAAAUAAACAACGAAUCAAAAAUGGCUCAAAUGGAUAUGGAAUUGAAAAAGGCAUUUACCGAAAUGCAAAUUAAUAAAAUCGAAACAACCAAAAAGAUGAAUAUGAUUGAUAUGAAAUGCAGUAUGGUUAAAAAUGGGAAACAAAAGUACGAACUGACCGAAAAGGGCACUAGCGAUCUUAAGGAUGACACAAAAGUAUACCUUUCCGUGGGACGUAUGUUUGUUCUAACCGAUGUAGAAAAUAUGCGUGGCGAUCUGAAAGCUAAACAGGAAAAAUGUGAUAAGGCUAUUGAACUACUCAAUAAGAAAAAGGAAUUCUUAGUGAAAUCAUUGAAAGAUCAAGAGGAUGGUUUACGUGAAUUAGUCCAACAACGUAAAGAAGCGGAUGCGUCGUCAAAGUAAUAAAGCUUUUAAAUUAAGUUGGUAUAAUUUAUUGAACUUGUUAGAAACGUAUGCUUCUUCAUUUAUCAUAAUAGAUAAACGCUGAUAA